AUGCACUCUAUCGUCCCCGUGACCCCAGACCUGGAAAUCAGAGAAGAGCCGAAACUGACAGGAGUGGGCGGAAUCUGCGACGAGCCGUUCCCAUGGCAACAGUGGAAGCAGCGCGGGUGGUUCCAGGCGGCCCUGGUCCUGGUGUCUCUGAGCGUGCGGUCCCUGGAGCGGCUCAUCCCUGGCUUCAGGAACAACGAGCAGAAUUUUGACGCGGAUUACAUAGGCGUGGGCUACAAGGACAGGGGGCGCCGGUCUACAGCUCCCCACGAGACAUACGCCAGAGAGUUCGCCAAACGACGGACCAACAGCGAUUCGGACUGUUACACGCACUUCUACAUCGACUCUGCCAGUGCUCCUUGCUCCCCGUUCCUCAAACCGUAUAGAUUGGAAAACCGGUUCACGGAAGCUGCCGGUUCCGGCUCGGUCCAAACUAGCAGAUCCAGAUCCCCGUCAGCAAAAGCGUCAAAGAAGAAACUUUCUAUGAGUAAAGACAGAAAACAGCGGACGAGAAACGCCGAAUCCGGAUCUGAGGAAAACAAACCGAGUACGGGAAGCCACGGUUGGCUUUCUUCCCACAGACUUUAUCACUCUCCCAAUCAUCAACAACAGCUACAACAACAACAACAACAACAGCAGCAGCAGCAGCAGCAACAGCAGCAGCACGAACAGGGUGGAAGCGUGACGAACACAUCUCCGGAUAAACCGUCCCAGGGGAGCUCUUGCUUGCCCAGCCCUCGACGCAGGAAGUCUACUGGGGAGAAGCUCAAAGAGACAUUCAGCAGUAUUACCGGUGGUAGCCAGCACUCUCAGCACGACUCGGACUCCUCCUCCGGCCCCUCUGGGAGUCACCACAACAGCCCCACGAGCGGGGCCAGAGGCUCGCACGUGCUGAAAAAGACGCUCAAGUCCAACUUCAUGAAGAAACACAGCCUGGACCACCACAUGCACGGCAUCUCUCUCCCCUCGCACUUCAGCGUGAGCGUAGACAGCACCAGCAGCACGGCCGACUCCGUGGACUCCGUUAUUUCACUCACGGGCGACGUGGCGUCGGGAGACGAAAGCCCCUCCUCCUCCCCCUCCGCCCCCUCCCCUCUCUGCCAGCAACAACAGACAGCCCCGCCCACUUCGUGGACCACGCCCACAUCGCCUGACGCCGGGGUGUUCGGGAGUCCGGAGACGUCGUCGAUUGUUUCCUCCACCACCCACACGCCGGACGAGCCCCACACGUCCUCCUCCUCCCCUGUGUUCAACAUCUGCCCGCCCACCCCCGCCCGCCCCGGCACCUCAGAAAGCUGCUACUCCGUCUCCGACAUUUCCGUUCACGCUAAGGGCGAUAACUCCUCACCCCCUUCCUGUUUGGCGUCACCAAGGAGACCGCAAAGCGCGCCAAAUAACACAGGUCUCAACCGAGAGGUUUCUUCGGGAUCUUUGAGUUCCCUCACGCAAAGUUCUUUCCUUGCCACAAAGGCGGAUUACUUCAGAUCUGACGGAAGGUGGAAGCUUAUCCUGGAGCAUCGAGACGCCUGGCGAAGAGACACGCCAAGUUCUGACCGCACGCGCAUGGACGUGCACUCCAAGACACACCGGAUCUACUUCCUGGUCACACGUCACGAGCAGCGUGACCCCCUGGUGACCCCGAACGUCCAGGACAAGCGGCACGUGCUCAUCUCGCUCCUGCAGGACUACAGGCAUGGGCCCUCCACCGCCAACUCUCUGCUGGUCCCCAUUGGAUUCUGCCUCUACAGGGCCAAGCAUUUCGAUAGGGAUGAGAAACGCCACAUCUCUAAACUCCAGCUGAUUGGUCAUGUGGACGGGGAGGCGGACCGCCGGGAGAUCAGCGCCCGCUUUGACCUUGACCCCGGAGGUUACUUCCUGGUGCCUUACUACCAGGCAGACUCGCACCAAGGGGAGUUCAUCCUGAGGGUGUUGGCGGAGUCGGACAUCGGGCAGGCCAAGGCUGGCUGCAAAAUCUCUUGAAAGGGUUUCCCGAGAGUGCAAGAGGACUCUAACUUUGCUGGCAGCAGAGGACGGAAGGGCGCGCUCCGACAGAGAAGCGGAGAGAUUUCUUUUCUCCAACUAAGCGGAUUCUUAUAUACACACACACACACACACACACACACACACACACACACACACACACACGCACACACACAAACACCCCCCCACACACACAUUUCAUUGCUUUGACUGAAUGGAAAAUUGAGAUGAGAACUCUGUUCAUAUUGUGUUGUGUGUGACGAUCGGUUGCUGUAUGAUUCCGAUUAAUAUUUUGUGAUUUUCAUGUCAUGCUUUGAACAUAUUUGAUAUUAUACAUGGUGUUAUUAACUAUUCAAAUAACAAAUCUUUUAAAAUACAUUGUUACAAUCAUCGGGAUAACUCUAAAACAAGUCCUGGAUCCUGUUUACUUAAAUGUCUUUUAAAAAUUUUUUCAUAACCUAUCACGCCUGCCUGUGAUUAUUUUUCAAAAGUAAGAUGCUAUUUUACUAUAGACGUUUCAUUCAAAAGGUUGUGAGCUGCAAAAAUACAGACAUGGGCGACCAUGAUAUCUUUAUAUUUUAAACCUUGUACUCUCUCUCUCUCUCUCUCUCUCUGUCUCUCUCUCUCUCUCUCUCUCUCUCUCUUUCUCUCUCUCUCUCUCUCUUUCUCUCUCAUGUACGCUUGAUUCAACCUCGUUCGUAAAACAGUAUGGCUUGAUUUUCAAGCCUCUUCAUUCUUCUUUUACGUUCGUCAAUUUAUCAUUCUGUAGUUUUUGUGAAGAUUGGUACUUUAUUAAGUAGGAUUAAAAAAAGAAAGAAAUGCAAUUAGUUUUCUAAUUUAAACAAUUAUGACUUCUCUUAAAUUUCAUUGAGCAGAAAAGAAAAUAAUGACAGAAUCAGACACGUUUUUCCGAUUUAAAACACUACGUGAAUGUGUGUGUGUGUGUGUGUGUGUGUGUGUGUGUGUGUG